AUAAAUCAUUUCAGUCGUUGAUAUAAUAAUUAAAGGUCGACUGAACAUGAAUUAUAUAAUACAAUUUAAAGCGCAUUUCUGUUUAUGCACGUGAACCCGUCUAACGUUAUUUUCGCAGUUAUAUAAAGUAGCAAAUUAUCGUUCCUGAAUAGGUGGCGCCGUGGUAGCGGAUCCUGUUCCUCUUCUUCCGGUUUCUGCACUGUGCAACUAUUUCAGUUACAUUUUUAAUUAACGAUGCCAAGUACUUGUUGUUGUGUACCUGGAUGUCAUUUAAGAGGAGGACAUGCAUUUCCAAAUGACUUAAAAAGAAGGAAAAGUUGGAUCAACGCCAUGGCCCAUACGCAGAUUGGACGAGAACACGAUGAUAUCGUGGAGUCCAUCUCAAUCAGCUGUUGUUUGCAAGGCACGUUUUACUGAAAAAGACUACGUGCAGGAAACUAUUCAUGGGCGCAAACCCACCAUACAGAGACUUAAGUCUACUGCAAUUCCCAGCCUAUUUUCCUGGACCAAGCAAGAGACUGAAUCGUCCGCAAAUAGAAAAAUCAGGGCAGUUUCCUGUGAAAACAAAAGAACUAAACUUGAUGAAUAUUGUAGUAGAAAUCUAGAGGAAAGUUUUGAUUGUAAAGUUGGUUUUCCUGAAGAAGUCAUUCAUACUGCAGAAAGGAUUUAUGACUGUCCACCACCAACUGCCGAGCUAAUGUUGAGCUUCACAGAUGGAAUUACGCAAACACCAUCAAUGCCUAUGUUUUUAACAGAGAAUUUUGAAAUGAAGACACGUGACACAGCCAUGCAUUUUUAUACCGGUUUAGAGUUGUAUACUAAAUUUUUAUUUGUUUUGACCACACUUGGUCCAGCAGCACAUUGUUUGAGAUGCAUAUAUUUUCAAAUUGAUAGGGUGUCAGUUGAAAAUCAGUUUUUUUAUGACUUUGAUGAAAUUGAGGCAUCAUACAACCAACUUUGAACUGUCUAAAUUCUAGAUUGAAUCUAGUGUUAAGAAUAUUGUGUAUACAUGGAUUGUUUUUAUGUCUAAACAGUGGUGUGAGGCUAACACUUGGCCAUCUAGUGGUUUAGUCAGGUAUUUUUCACCAUCCAACUUCAAAUUAAAGUUUCCUACGACUUGGAUUAUUAUUGACAGCACAGAAUAUCCCGUGAUAAAACCUAAAGCUCCUAGAGCUCAGGCAACCUUUUCAUCAAAUAAAAUCAGAAACACUGAAAAUUCUUGAAUGUUCGACACCUGGUGGUUUAGUCAACUAUGUCUCUAUUUCACAUAGAGAGAAUUAUUGGACUUGGCAAAACAUACAAAAUCUAAUAAAUCCUAUGAAUGGAACUGAAACAAAACUUUCAUCUGAAAUAACAUUUAGUUGUUUUAUGUUGUGUAAUUUUAGAACUUGUAUUGUGCCAAAGGAUGCAUAAAUAAAAGUGACGCAAUGAA